CUUUCAUUAUGUCUGUAAAUUUAAUUACAUAUGCUGCUAUUGUAUAACAUAAUUUAUAAGGCAUAAAUGUUGUUAAAAGUGAUUCUCUAUGCUAUAGUUCACCAUAGACAUUUCCCAGUUUCUGAAAUGACACCGUACCAUACGUAUGAUGACGUAGAUCAGGAUUAUUAAUGGUGUUAAUCUAAUUUCUUGAAAAUACCUACUCAAUAUUAGUUUAGAAGUCUUAGGAUUACUAUUUAUAGAUAUUCAAUUAUUUCACAGUGGUAAUUUUACUUUUAUUAAGGUCGAUUGUUUGUUCUUCAUUUGCAAAAAUUACAAGUAUGAAUAUCAAAAGAGUAGAUCGGCUAAUCAUAACCACGGCUAUAGUAGGCGUGCUGGUUUCCACUUACGCUCUUUAUGUGGAGAUGAUAGCGGAGGCACGUCCCGGAUACAAAGCUCUAUGUGACAUAUCCGAGUACGCCAGUUGCUCUCGGGUGCUCACUUCUCAAUAUUCAAAAGGAUUUGGGCUUCUUCCCAAAGAGUUGAAAAUGGACGUACCAAAUUGCAUUUAUGGAAUAAUUUUCUACUGUCUUAUUAUAUUUUUAACAACCUUCAAUCAUCUCGCUUGGGUUCGGCUGCAACUUCUUUUGACAUUAACUGGUCUUGCAUCGAGUUUCUACCUAGCAUAUCUACUUGCGUUUGUUUUACGCGACGUGUGUGUUGUUUGUAUAUCAACUUAUUUUGUUAACGGUGCUCUUGUUAGGCUGGUAUACCAGAAAAAUAAAAUAUUGUCAGAAAAGAAUAAGUGAAACCUCAGAUGAAUUACAAGUACAAUCUGAAACAAAGUUAUUAAGUAAUAAGAUAAUAAAAACAUUCUUUUUUUAUGUCAUUCCUGUAUUUUAUAAAUGAAAAGUUUUAUUUAUUGUUGUAUGUUGAAAUAUAACAUGGAAAAUAUUUGUUUUGCAUUUUAUUGAAUUUAUACGAUUUGAUGCGAUAUACUGCCAUCUUUUAUUUCAUUAUAGAUACCUGAGUACUAUUUCAGAUACUACUGACAUCUAUCGUUGAAUAGCAAGUAUUUAUAAUAAUAUAUAGAUGGCGCUGUAAACUAAAAGUAACGGUAAAAUUCGAAUAGUCGCAGAAUUAAAUUUGUGGAACCCAUAGUUACCAACGUAAUGUUACUGUAUUUGGUUGAGGUAGGUAGCUUAUUUGUUUGCAUAUGGGCAGACUGUAAAAGGAUACGAACAUGUUUACGCUAUUAUCCCUAUAUUGUAGCACGCAAUGUGUCUACUUAAUUAUGUGUAAGUGAAUGUGACUGCCAUAUUUACAUACGCCAAUAGUAAGUUGACACAAAAUUAUGUUUAUGUAGGUAAUGUUUUUUUUUCUAAUAUUUUCGUAGUACUAUAAUGGAUUGGAAUCGACUGAUUUGCCUAAUGAUUUACUAGUUUACAAUGCAUUUUUGCAAAUUUUUACUGUUGCUUACCAGUUAUGGUAUAGGUACUAAGUUCAAAUACAUAAUUAAAAUUUUUGAUCAGCUAUAUUUUUUGUAUUUUAGAUUUAGAAACUGUAAAAACAAUGUAUUUACUAAGUAAAAAAAUUAAACAUUCA